UCUGUAAUGGCGAAUAGCGCAUCGCGUGUUUAAUUUUGAGUUACUGUUUAGCUAAUUCAUGUUAAUUAAUUAAUUGCCCCCAGAAUAGUUUCCUGCCUUGCCUAGUGCGUUUUCAAUAUUGUGUAUUAGCCGAAGUCAAGCCAUGUCGUCCGACAACAUCGAAAAACUGUAUCAAAAUUACGGUAUUUUGGCCGACGCCAAAGAAGACAUCUCCAAACAUGAAAAAGAGUACAAGGAAAUUUUAGCCGCUGUCAAAGGUACAGAUAAGGAGAAAAGACUGGCGUCACAAUUUAUUGCGAAAUUCUUCAACAGCUUUCCUAACCUCGCGGAUCAAGCUAUAGAAGCUCAAUUUGACCUCUGCGAAGACGAUGAUGUGGCUAUACGCAAACAAGCCAUUAAAGAUUUGCCCACACUUUGCAAAGACCAUAAAGAGCACACUCAAAGAAUUGCCGAUAUCUUGGCACAACUCCUUCAAUCUGAGGAUGCUACGGAGAUCAAUAUCGUCCAUAAUUCUCUGGUAACAAUAGUGAAGGGUGACCCUAAAGGUGCCUUAGUGGGACUCUUUUCCCAAAUACACCAGAAUACUGAGACGGAAGUGGUGAAUGAAAUCGUCCGAGAGAGAUGCAUUAAAUUUUUGGCCACAAAAGUGAAACAGCUUGGAAGGGAAAUUAUAAACAAAGAAGUAGAAGAAAUUAUUAUUACAGAAUGCAAGAAAAUACUUGAGGAUGUGGUGGCAGAAGAGUUUGAACACAUCAUGGAUCUCUUGACAUGGUCAAGGCUCGGUAAAACCGCAGCAGGCAAGAAGGAGCUGGUGCAAAUUGUGGUGGCAUUAGCCUUUUCCCCUGAUGAUUGGCACCCCGAAGAUACGGAACAUGUUGAAAGAAUCAUACAAUGUACUCAGCAUGCAUUGCCACUGUUCUCACCUCAAGUGGAUUCCACACAGUUCGUGAACUUCUUCUGUGACUAUGUGCUACCGAAGUGGAAAGAAAUAGCUUCACCAGAAGGAGGCUCCGACUACAAGCUGGAGCUAUUGAAGAUAUUUGCUGAAAUUACUGAACAUUGUGGAGAGCUGGAGAAGGCACAGGAGAAGAUUGAUGCAGUUCAUGACUUGCUUAUUAACUAUUUACCUGAAGCGCCAGUCGAAGAAGAAGAAAAGACAGAUACAGAUAAAACAGAAACUUCCACGGCUAAACCUGAAGAUAGCAAGCCUACCCCGUCACUCCAGUUCUCUCAUGUGGAGUGCGCCUUGUUCGCCCUUCACUCUCUUUGCCGGAAAGCACCAGAGGCACUCGGCGCUGAUGCGGCAAGGCUAAAGGCGCUUCGUUUGCGUCUACAAUAUACAGCACGUUUAACUCAAGGAUACAUCAAAAAGUUGAAGGAAGUUACUAAGGGUAAGAAAGGAGAUGACGCUAAUUCUGAAGAAAAUAAGCUCAAGGUUGUAGCGUUGAAGACUACGUCCAACAUUAAUACAUUGAUCCGCGACAUAUUCAGAUCCCCGCCAAGCUUCAAGAGCAGAGUACAACUUUCCUUUUUGUCUAAAAAGACUGAAAAAGAGGAAAAACGGUCAGAAACCCCGGCAGACAAACAACAGUCACCACCGAAAAGACAUAGACCCAUCACGUUCGACAACGGGGAAGAAAAGUCAUCACCAGAAAAGCGGGCGCGAAGCGGCGAACGAAACCAAAAGAUGUACACUCCGCCCUCCGGCAAGUACAGCUCCCGCCUCCAGCAGCGCGGGCGCUUCCACGGACCGCCCGCGCCCCGAGGCCGAGGCCGCCAGGACUUCCGCGCCGGGGGCGGGGGCGCGCCCUUCCGCAGGCGCAGCAAUUACUAACCGCUCAGUGGGAGAGUGACUAAACACUUACAUUAUUUAAGUGUACGCAACCCACCACUAUCAAAAUGAAGAAUGAGAGAUUCAAACUAUUAAUACUUAAAUUUUGAAAACGGACCUGCGACAUAUUUAACUGACGAUUUUGGCAAAAUGAUUCAAAUUGCCAAGCUACUCCGUAGAAUUUGACUCUACGAAGAAACUGAGGAUUUCUUGUGGCGCGUUGCGGGGUCAUACAUCUGUUCGUUUAGGAUUGUCUUCCUUUCUUUGUAGUAGGCGGACUUCUCUACAUUGGCCGGGUGGCGAGUUGGCGACGCGACGGCGCUGCUGUUCACUUACAGGUGCAGUGCGGUGUCCAGCGGGGGCGGCAGGUCUUUUCAUUUAUUUCGUAAUAUUGUUUCAGCUCUGAUCGUCCGUUUUAAAAAGCGGUCAACGUUUAUGAUGGUAUGUAAUGAAAGUUCCGGAACUUGCUGAUGUGUAUCUUAGAGCUCCCGUGGAGAUUGGAGUCGUGGUGGCCCCUGUAUUUAUGUAAGUAUUAUUUUAAUUUGCACUCAUUUAAGCUCUGCUGGUGAUAUUCAGUAUUUGCACAGAAUCGUAAGUACGUAACAUAGUUUCAGUCAUAUUUUGAGCAUUUUACUAAAUUUUUUUGCAGUUAAAAAUUAGUAUAUAAUAUAAUCGGAGCUUAUGUUGUAUCUCAAAGGUAAGGCUCAUAUUUCUUCAGUUCAAUUUGUGUAAGUCCAUACAUAUAUUCAUGAUAAAUGACCUACAAGUCGUAUAGGUGUUUAUCAUUACACUACGCUAUUAUAGAAGUGCCAGCGCAGUACAGCUACUUAGCAUUACAUUUAAUUUGACAUUGAAAGUAAGAAGUAUGGACUGUUCUUAAGAAAUUAACAGAAGGGAAGUGUAGUCAAAUUCAAUUCAACUGUCAAACCUAGUCUACAUGGUUUGCCUUAGUUUUAGAACUCUAUAAUAAUUAGGCGACGGUGCCUGCAGCAUAUUCGGAAGAACUUCUUUUGAGACAUAGA